AUGAGAGAAUACCGGCAAAAUCUUGCGCUUCAAGUACAUCUCCAGAAACUACGAGAAGAAAGCCCUCUCGUACCAUAUCAGCCAUCCUCGCCCGAGACGACCCUGAUCUCCCGAUACGUUGGCGUGCUCGGACCAGAGCCCGCCGGUAGGCAGCCUUUUGAGGUCUUAGGGACCUGGAUACAGUCUAUUCCCUCGCGCAUCGGGUCGAACAAGAUGCUUGAUUUGGCCGUUCAGUUCUUCGUCGAUAGUCACGCUACGUAUCGAGAUGAUAUGCACUCGAAGCGCAAGGUCGCGAGAGCUUCAAAGGCUAAAGCGCUCAAGGAAUUGCAGCUCGCCGUGAUGAACACUGAUAACAAGGUCACGUACGACAUCCUGUUGGCUACGAAAUUACACUACGCUGCUGAGGCUCUUCUGGGGCUCGAUACUAUGUAUUACGCGAUUCAUGCGUUCGGAAUCGCCGAGCUGCUGAGGUCAGGUGCGGUGGCGGAAGUUGAUGACGAUCAUUUCUGGAAUUUGAUCGACAAUACCUAUGUCGACGAUGUGAGUACUGGUCGGUCUUGGGAGUUCGCUGCUGAUGUCGAAAGGUUCACGAGGCGAUGA